AUGUCUCGGCCCCAACGAAUGUCGCUUGCGGAGAAGCACGAAACAAUCCUAGCGCUCCAACAGCACCGCAUCAACACCCUAACUGGCCUGCGCCAUGUCGAAAAAGCCUUCGCCGCUCUCAACACGCCCGACGUCAGCGAGCCCAUGACCGCAGCAUGGACAUACUACGUCUCGUCCAACAACUUGUUGACCGAGCUGCGCGGCUUGACGAGGAACUACCCAUUCAGUUCGUACUGCGUGGACGAAGCGAAGCGCAGAGUCUACGCUGAUCCGGAGAGUAACCGGAGUUGGAAUCUGUGCUGGCUAGUCCUACAGAAGAUCAAGGAUGAUAAGUUGAUAGGGUAUUAUGCGCAAUAUCAGGCAAGUCAGCCUGCGACGUGGGGUGGGCACAAGCCGACGGAUGAGCAUGUGAAACAGCUUACGGGUGUGCUUGUUAGGGAGUGGAAGGGUGCGCUGGAGCAGAUGUUGAGGUAUUGGGAGGAGCCGCCAACGCAGUGA